CACUGGCGGCGCGGGGGGGGCGCGGGGGGGGGGAUCCUCCCCUCUCAGUCACUGAGGGGGAGCGGCCGCACUGAGCACGUGGGAUACUGAGGAAACCCUCAGCUCGUAUCCCAAACACCUGUCACGAAACAAAUUUGCAAAUUGGACUCUUCGAUGAUCACACAUAUUCUGUUGCCUUUAUUGAGCUGGAUAUUUCACAAACUGCAACUCCAUGAACAACCUUAAUGAGCCUAUGCAGUGGAACAUCAUGCCUAACCCUAGAGAGGGUGGAGGUGAUGGAAGCAAAUGGAAUUACGCCCUGUUCGUGCCCAUGUUGGGACUAGCUGCCUUUCGCUGGAUCUGGUCGAGAGAGUCCCAGAAAGAGAUUGAUGGAGUAAAAGCAGAGUGUAAGAUGCAGAUGGAUGCUGCACACAAAGAUUUGGAAAUUAAAUACCGCGACACAAUAGUUCAGUAUCGGCGCUCUAUUGCACAUCUUGAGCUAGAGCAGGAGAAACAUCAGAGCAGAGUGCAAGGCUAUCGAGAAGCUCUUUCAGCACAGAGUCGACAACUUGUUGAAAAACAUGAACAGCUGAAUCAAGAGCGUGCCAGGAUUGAAGAAGAGAAAGCUAUUAUUCAGCAGUCUGGUGCUGCAGGAGCCUUGUACCGGAAUCUGGUGGAAAGAGAAGAAGCAUGGCAAAGGCAGGCCAAUGCAUAUAUAAAAUAUGUUGAAAGAUUACUAGUUGAUAGACAAAACCUGUUUUGUAGUCACUUUGUCCCAAGACACAAUCGCCUUGACCUGGAGAAGAAUAUGCUUUAUCGAGCUGCUACAGACUCGAUGGCUAAAAGGGUUGGAAUAGAAGCUGGCUUGAAGGACAUUUUUAAACAUGAUAAACAUUGUGCUAAUCCAUUGAACACUGACAAACAAAAAAAUGGCAGGUUAAUGUGGCUUUACAUCUCAUACUGGAAACUUCAAGCUGAGCUUCAAAAGUUCAGGAGAGCUGAGGAAGCCAUGUUGGGAAAGAGACCUGACGUGAAGUUUUAAUCGGGGAUAAAUUCCAUGUGGGUCUAGAUAAAGCCUACAAAUGCAGACACCACACUUUACAGAAACUCUGUAAAGCACUGUGAGAUGUGAUAAGGAACUAUAUCCAAUUUAAGAUUAUUAGAAUUAUUCUAAUUCUAUAGCAGUUCAGAGUAUUCCCUUCCUCCCUCCCUCCCCUCAUUCAAGGCUCAUCUCAAUAGGCCCAUCUCUUUGAUUGAGCUUUCCCACAUCUUUCCCUUCCCACAACCCUCACUCCAACCCCCAGCUUGGGUGCUCAGCCAGCAUUCUCAUGCACUUUGAGAUGUCCUCCCGACUUGAAAGGUGUUAAAUAAAUGUUAUUGCAUUCAGAAUUUUGCAGAUUCUUAAAUGCAGCCUUAAUUCUGCGAAUUGAAGCAAUUUUUCUGUAAGUUCUUUUAAGAAAUACAGAAAAAUAACUUCAAAGAUACGACUGAAUUCAACAAUUUGUUUAAUUCUUGAUGCCCUUAAAUGCUGUACAAAUAGCGUAAAUCUAGGCUCAAGUGGAAUCUUUCCCAAUAGAGUUUUAAAACUCUCAAUGCCUAUCCCAAUAGAGACCUAAUUGUAAAUGUUUGGCUGUGGAUCUCUGACUGUGCAAUUUCAAUAACUUAUAAGACAAUUAUGUAAGUUAAAGACCAUGAGAUAUGUAGGACUUAACUCGCUAUAAAAUUGGAUCAUGACCAUUUGACCUAUAAUCAACCUCAAUCAAUCUAUGAUUGAAUAGUCAAUGUAUCUGCGAUUAUUUCUUAAAAUCUGAAACAAUAAUGUGUCUGUCUUGCAAACACUCUUCUCCGUAUCAUGUGUGAGAAUUUGAAAUUGGAUCAGUACUGUGUUUGAAAAGGUUGAUUUCUGAACUGGCACAAUUGGAAUCUGUUCCUCACCUUAUUACAGAGGUCACAAAAAACAAAUCUGAAGCGUCAGAUUUGUUUUUGUGACUUCUGUAAUUAGGUAUUUUCCUUGUUUAAAGGAAGUAUCACUCCAAGAUCUGUGUGCUAUACUCUUGUGUCAGUUAUUGUGUCAGGGUUAUGACAAGGGGCAAAUCUCGUAUUCCCUCAGUGUGAAACUGGCAGUGGUCAAGAAUAAGGCACAUAGAAUUCACCUGUUUUUAAGUAAAAACAGACCUACGUUUUUGAACCUAUCAUAAAUAGAGCCCCUCUUCCCGAUAAUGUAAGCACUGGAUUCAACUUGAUAUUAUUUGGAAACAAAAAAAUAAACUUGAUGUUGUGAGCACCUACAAAUGAUUCUUGCUAGGUGCUAACAACAAAUUGUAUUGUGCCAUGGAAUAGUAACAUAUAGUCUCUUACUUAUUUUUCCACAUAUAGUAUAGCUUUAAGAAGCUUUAAAUGUGUUUGUAAUAUCCUGAUACUGAUAUCCUAUACUGGAUUAUCUCCAGCUGUGUCUGCCCUGUUUUUGUUUAAUUUUUUGCUGCUGGAAAAAAAUGCUUUGUUUGGCUCUCCUACAAGUCUACGGUGAAGAUCUGUUUUUCAGUUUAUUCUUGAAGUCUCCUUCAGCAAUGUUGCAGAAAAACAUUUCUGCUAUUUCUCCUGUUUUAUUUUCAUUCUUUUGCUAUAUUAAAUAAAUCACUUG